UGCGCGUUCAAUUACUCGCACACACUGCAUCAGAAUUAAGUCUCGGAAUAUAGCUUUUACCAAGACAUCUGGAGCCAAACUGAUCCUUUUGGUGUUUAUAUAUUCAGAAUUUAUUUAUUCAUUUAACCCUAUUUAAUUUUUAUAUUCACGCGCUUCUCUUGAUCAUCCAGAUCGCGAACACAUUUUUAAGUGGUUGUAAUUGAUUUGAAAUGGAAGAAAAAUGUCGUCCAAUGUUGCUGUGCAGUGUCCUCGCUCUUCUGUGCGCGCUGGUGUCCUCCGCCCUGGACAGACAGUAUCUGAACGAAUGGGCGGUGGAGAUUCCAGGAGGAGCCGUUGCUGCCCGAGCCAUCGCCGACGACCUGGGCUACGAAUUAGUCCGACAGAUUGGGACACUGGAAAACCAUUAUUUAUUCAAGCGAUACAAUCACCCAAGCAGGACCAAAAGAAGUGCAAAUCAUAUCACCAAACGUCUGUCGGAGGAUGAUAGGGUGUCUUGGGCCGAACAGCAGUAUGAGAAACGAAGGGCCAAGCGUGCUCCUUUGGGGCCAGAAUGUAAGGACUGCUCUGUGGACAAACUCUUCGAUGAUCCUAUGUGGAACCAGCAGUGGUACCUGCAAGACACUCGGACGUCUCGAUCCCUCCCCAAACUGGACCUGCACGUGAUCCCGGUAUGGAAGAAGGGCAUCACAGGCAAAGGCGUGGUCAUAACCGUGCUAGAUGACGGCCUGGAGUGGAACCACACCGACAUUUACCCCAACUACGAUCCUGCCGCUAGCUAUGACUUUAAUGACAAUGAUCCAGACCCCUUCCCCAGAUACGACUCCACCAAUGAGAACAAGCAUGGCACCAGAUGUGCUGGCGAGAUUGCAAUGCAAGCAGACAACAACAAAUGUGGCGUCGGGGUGGCCUACAACUCAAAAGUGGGAGGAAUACGAAUGUUGGAUGGCAUUGUGACAGAUGCCAUUGAAGCCAGUUCUAUCGGCUUUAACCCGGACCAUGUGGACAUCUACAGCGCCAGCUGGGGCCCUAAUGAUGACGGGAAGACCGUAGAGGGGCCCGGCCGUCUGGCCCAGAAAGCUUUUGAAUACGGUAUCCAGAAGGGACGUGGUGGGAAGGGCUCCAUUUUUGUGUGGGCGUCAGGUAACGGUGGGCGUCAGGGCGAUAACUGCGAUUGUGACGGAUACACAGACAGUAUCUACACCAUCUCCAUCAGCAGCGCCUCCCAGCAGGGUCUCUCUCCAUGGUACGCUGAGAAAUGCUCCUCUACGCUGGCCACAGCCUACAGUAGUGGAGACUACACUGACCAAAGAAUAACUAGUGCCGAUUUGCACAAUGAAUGCACAGAGACACACACUGGAACGUCUGCAUCAGCCCCAUUGGCUGCUGGGAUAUUUGCGCUGGCUUUAGAGCAAAACCCUGAUCUGACCUGGCGAGACCUUCAGCACUUGGUGGUUUGGACGUCUGAGUUCGACCCCUUAGCCAGUAACCCAGGCUGGAAAAGGAAUGGAGCUGGAUUAAUGGUCAACAGUCGUUUCGGCUUUGGCCUGCUGAACGCCAAAGCCCUGGUGGACCUGGCCGAUCCCAAAGUCUGGAAGCAUGUUCCGGAGAAGAAACAAUGCGUCGUUAGAGAUGAGAGCUUUCAACCAAGACCAUUAAAAGCUGCAGGUGAGAUUUCCAUUGAGAUCCCCACUAAGGCAUGUGCAGGACAGGCCAAUUUCAUCGCAUCUUUGGAGCACGUGCAGGUGGAGGUGAGCAUCGAGUACACACGGAGAGGUGACCUCCACAUCACCCUAACAUCUCCAUCAGGUACCACCACAGUCCUUUUGGCAGAGAGAGAGAGGGACACAUCAUCCAACGGUUUCCGGAACUGGGCCUUUAUGUCCGUGCACACCUGGGGAGAGAACCCCACUGGCACAUGGACCCUGAAGAUUACAGAUACGUCAGGACGAAUGGAGAACGAGGGUCAGAUUAUCAGCUGGAAGUUGAUUUUGCACGGCACGUCUGAGAAGCCGGAGCACAUGAAGAAGGCUAAGGUGUACACACCGUACAAUGCCGUGCAAAACGAUCGCAGAGGGGUGGAGCCCGUGGAAGAUAUGAUCAAGGAAGCUCCCACCUCAUCUCACAAACCUGAAAAUUCAAGUCUAGUAGCCCUAGACUCGCUCCCUUCCACUGUUUCUGCCAGUGUUCCAGAGGGAAAUCAGGCGACUGGCCCCUCCACCACCAAUCUGGCCCUGCUGCGCCUCCUCCAGUCUGCCUUCAACAGGCAGACCCCUGCAAUUCCUGCCCACAUACUGGCUGCACCUCCCAAGGUCUUGCAACGUGAAAGGAUCCCUCCUCAGAAGCUGUACCAGGCCCUUGACCAGCUAAAUAAAUACAGGGGCUCCGAGAAUGGCCUGUUCAGUGACUACAGCGACAGCUUCUACAGAGCACAGCCAUACAGGCACAGAGAUGACCGGCUGCUGCAGGCACUGUUUGAUAUGCUCGGAGACGACCAGCAGUGAGAUGGGAGGAGGGAGAACAGAAAGAGGGAACAGUUCACCCCAAAAUAAAUAUUGUCAUCAUUUCCUCAACCUUAUGUUGUUCCAAAUCUGCAUGACUUUCUUUCCCUCAUGGAUCACAAAAGCAGAGGUUAGACAGAAUGUUAUUCUCAGUUACCAUUUACAGUACUUUCAUUGUAUCUUUUUUUUCCCAUACAAUGAAAGUAUGAGGUAAUUAAGGUUGUCAGUCCUUAACAUUCUGUCGAACAUCAUACAGAUCUGAACAACAUGGGUGAGUUAAUGAUGAUGGAAUUUUUUUAUUUUUAAGUGAACUAACCCUUUAAGAGGAAGACAAAGAAACUUAAGGGAGUUGAGGGGGAUGAAGUGAUAGGGCACAGGGAGGAGUGUGUUAUCUUCCAGACAAGCUUGUUCUUAUCUGCACAUGUAGUUAUCAACUAUAAGCAUUCUAAGGCCUGUAUCUGUCAGUGUUUGUAUAUAUCUGUGGUGAACAGCCAGCUUAAUUUAUUCUUUAGUUUUGAACUAGAUUACUAAAAUUAAAAAAAAACUCCAGAUCCACAGGUACGCCAGCCUGUAUCAGUUGGUGUCACAUGACUAAUCAAAGGACCAGUCAUGGCCUUCUCUUACCCUUAGCCAUCUUGUUGAGUUUUCUCAUGAUGCCUUCACUGCCACCAACUUUUGCAUGCUUUUAAAACGUUUACAUUAAGAUAUUAAGAUCUCCAUCUCCCUUUGCUUUGUCACUUGGAAUCAAUCCAUAAAAUGCUAAUUGACAGGAAAGAUCUACCAGCCAACAGAGAUCAGUGCAAAGAAACUUUUGUCAUUAUGCUCUAAUUGAGCCUUAAGUUAUUUUAUUACAUAAAUAAUAUAACAUAUAUAAUUAUUAUUAUUAUGUGCUCCUAUUAUUAUUAUUAUUCUAAAACAGGGAUCCUAGCCAAGUUUAUGACACCCCAAGUGGUUAAUAAUGGAACUACAGGAGUCUGUGAGAUCGUGAUAGAAAUACCAACACCAUGUUUUUUGCACUUGGAAUUGGUAUUUCUCAGUGCACAAAAUUGCUUCUGAAUGUGGUUAGAAACAAGAUCAUUUAAAUUAGUAGACCAGAGACCAGAAACAUCAUGAGCUAGCUUUAAUGUAACAGUCAGUUUAAGUUUUUUUUUAAUAUGUCAUAAACAAAAUGUAAUGGCAAAAAGAUUUAAAGGUAUGAUAUUUUGAAAGUAAAAUCAUUUUAUUUCAUACGAACGGGAAAAUAAAGUGGCUGGAGUAGCUCUGCAGAGUGCCAGCAAUAGAACGGGGCAUUCACCGUCGGCACUACGUGACUCAAAGCGCCACAACAGACGCUUCUAGCUUCAUUGAUGAUGGGAUCUACUUGCUUUUGACAAGGCUCUUGCGUCUGGUAUAGACAGGGUGUCAUAUGUUUUAGUAUGAAAAUGCACUGAUUUCGCUACGUUUGCACCUCUCAUCCACACUAGAGCGCUCUCCAUAGACCUUAUUCACACUACCGCCAUCUUUGAUUUUUAAUGGGAAUGGUAACGAGGCUGUAAGGGAUAGACUUUAUAAUUAUAAUUGUAUUUAUUUAUCAUACAUAUACAGUGAAAUUCUUUUUUUUCCACAUAUCCCAGCUAAGCUGGGGUCAGAGUGCAGGGUCAGCCAUGAUAUGGCACCCCUGGAGCAGAUAGGGUCAAGGGCCUUGCUCAAGGGCCCAACAGUGGCAUCUUGGCAGUGCUGGGGCUUGAACCCCCAACCUUCUGAUCAGUAACCCAGAGCCUUAACUGCUGAGCCAGCGCUUACCAUCUUCUCUUCAAUGGCAUGAAUAGUAUAAACCAUAAAGCUCCUAGAUCACAUCUGAUUUUCCACAACUCAUGUUGUCUGGAGUUCUUUGUAUACUGAAUGUUCUUGGACAGAUAUUUUAUCGCGGAAUGAUCAAAAAACACUUUAAACUGCAGUACAGCCCAUUGAAGAGACUGUAAGUCUAUCCCUCACAGCCUUGUUGUCAUUCCCAUUAAAAAUCAAAGAUGGCGCAAACGUGAAUAAGUUCCAAUACUUUGGAAAACCAUGACGCAGAGAGACUGAAAACAGAGUUCUCAAAAAAAAAAACGGAUUAGUGUGGAUGUGUGGAUUAGUUUGAAAACUGCAUUUUCAGUUUUUGUAUGUCGUUGUUUUCUAAAGUAUAUGGAAUUGAAAAGCAUUUUCAAAACACUUAGUUUUCAAGGGAUGAAAACACUGUUCUAGUGUGGAUGGCCACGUUCACACUAAUACGUUUUAUUUGAAAGCGCAUUAAUUUUGCUACGUUUACGCUUCUUUUACACACUAUGCCGUUUUCCUCCACUGAAAAUGAAGCGUUUCGAAAGCGCUCUCCGUUACCUCAUACUAUGGGAAAAAAUUACGUUAGGAAACUAAAAACAGAGUUUUCAAAUGAAAACAGAUUAGUGUGAACUUGGCCUUAGUUCACACAAAAGAAUAAUUAAAUUAAAUUAAAAAAUAUAAUUUAUUAAACAGAAUUAUCUAAAUAUAACACUGUGAUAUCAUCUACAAACUUAGUUAUUAAAUAAAUAAAUAAAUAACAAUUAAAAAAAAUAGUAUACUAAAAAUCUCAGGGGGGGGACUUGAUGUAAACAAUUCAGGUCAUAGAGGUUUAGGAAUCCCCUAAUAGGACAGAAGUUAAACUUGGUUAUAAUGUGCAUGUAGAUCACACUCAGGAUCAAAGCAUUAAGAUACUUAAGAGUAUUGCCAUUCUCAAAACUCUAGAAUACCAAGGAUAUAUACCUGUGGGGCAUCUUGUGGUCCUAAUUUCUCUGCCCUUUUUUGCACAACUUUCCACCAUGAACCUCUCUCUUGCUCUCCUUAGAAAUAUGCGCUUUAGAAAUCAUCUCUAGAUAUUUCAAUUAUGAUUUUCAAACGCAUAAAUAGUGUUUUCGAAAACAUAUAAAAAGAGAAUCUUACAUCCCAAACGAGUCUGUAUCAACUGAUUUUAUAUAUUCAAAGAUUCAUAAAACAAAGAUAAAGGUUUAUUUUUCUAAGAGUUCAUAGUAGUUUAUGAGAGUAAACAGACAAUGUCUAUACAGAAGCCUAUUAUAUUAUAUCACCAUUAACCUCACUGAACUUAAGUCACAAUUCCUGCCUGUCUCUUUAUGAGUAUGUGUUGUUGUACAUUUAACCUGCAAUGUUUCUGGACCAAUUUCCAAUAAACUCUAUCCAGCUCUUGUGAUGUUGCUCUGAAAGGGAUUGUUUGUGAUUUGCAUUUGUUAAACAGGCUUGAAUGUUCUUGCUCUGUUCUAUAUUUAAUCUAUAUUAGUGCACAUGCAAAGCAACUGCAAAAUUUUGAGUCAUAUGUUUGACUUUUUCAGUUUAAGUCCAAAACUUAACUCGAAAGCCAUUGCUCUCUUUAUUUUCUUAAAUAUAUAUAGUCAAUAAUUGCUGGAAGUGCGAUGUUUUUGGUGGUACAGCCAAACCAAUGCCUUCUAAAUAUUCCUUACUUGUAUGGUGUUUCGGCACAUAUUUUUACAAAAUUAUUUGGGUUUUUUUUUUUUUUUAGCUUCAGAGAGAAAUCCUAGUGUUCAUUAAUUAUACAUUGUAUAUUUAAAUGGCUAGGUUUUUCUGAUUGGCUCUGUGACUGCAGUCCCCCUCCACUGCCAGCCAAUAGAAUGUGUUAAGGUUACAGAAAGACUUCAAAAAGUGACCAUUUUCAUAUACCCUUAUUUUUCAAUGUGGUCAGUGUUUCUACCGAUUGAUGCUUCUGUCCAAAGUUGAUAUAGUUUAAUGUACCAAUAUUACAUAUGACUUUUAUCGUAAUAAACUGAACAGUAACAU